AUGACGACCCAGAGCGCCGAGGCCGUCCGGCAGCUGCUGCGGAAGGACAUGCAGCGCGAGCAUGCGCUCCACGCCGACCUGCUACAGUACAUUGGUCUGCGCGAAGAAGACUUGUCCUCGGCGAGCCAGAAGCACAUCCGCCUCAUGGCACAAGCAGCGAGUGUGCUCGAGCUCAAUACGACCGACAGCAGCGCGUAUGUGGCUGCCAUCUCGGACUUGCGCGAAAAGUACGACGCGCUCCGUGCGUCCGUGAGCACGUGGCGACGCCAUGAAGCAAAGCAGCUCAAGCGCAAGCAAGAGCUGCACGACGAGCUGCGCGAGAUGGAGCACAUGCUCGCGAUGCUGGACGCUGCGUCCAAGGAGCGCGAUGCGAUCGAGAAUGUGGCGACGAUGGACGGUCGCCUCAAAGAGUAUGCAGGAAAGCACGCAGUGUAUUCAAAGGAGAUUGCCAAGCUUGACAAGAUCCUCGCCGACCGCGGCUACUUCGACGUAGCGUCGUCCUUGCAACACCACGUGCUCGUUAGCCUCGAGCAAGAGUGCGCACAACUCGAAGCUGCUAACAAGGAGGUUCGCGCCAAGGUCGAUCGCUUCCAGGGCCUGCCACCCAACCUCGAGCAGGCCAACGCCACGCUGUACAAAGCCCAGGAGCGACUACAGCAGCUCGAAGCAGACUUUCAGUCGCGCGUGCACAGUAUGGUCUAA